CUCAGACUGCAGAGAAGAAAACCGGGCCCACCAGUCAGUUCCUCGUGCGUUCCAAUUGUAGAGAGAGAAGCCACCUCAGUUAUUUUACUCUGCCGCGUCCGAUCUCGAUCUCCCCGACGUCCGCCGGUCAGCGCCACCGCUUCCCACCUCGCCGUCACCGCCAUGAAUUAUAUCAUUGGAGCAUUCAAACCGCCAUGUGAUAUCUCGAUCACAUUCUAUGAUGCAAGAACCAGGAAGCAGGUUUCGGUUAAGAAGGACAAUGGGAAGACAACAAUGGUCCCUGUUUUCCAGAGCCUUGAAACAAUAUCUGGAGAGGUAUCGAUAGCACCGGUCCCAGGUAAAAGGAUUGAACACAUGGGUGUCAAGAUUGAGUUGCUGGGCCAAAUAGAGCUGUAUUUUGACCGAGGGAACUUCUAUGACUUCACUUCAUUAGUACGUGAGUUAGAUGUUCCUGGUGAAAUUUAUGAAAGGAAGACAUAUCCAUUCGAGUUUUCUACUGUUGAAAUGCCAUAUGAGUCUUACAAUGGAACAAAUGUCAGACUGAGGUACAUUUUGAAGGUGACAAUUGGCAGAAACUAUGUUGGGAAUAUUGUGGAAUACCAGGAUUUCUGUGUAAGAAACUACUCCCCUGUCCCUACAAUCAACAACAGCAUCAAGAUGGAAGUUGGAAUUGAGGAUUGCUUACAUAUUGAGUUUGAAUACAGCAAAAGCAAGUACCAUCUCAAUGAUGUGAUUAUUGGGAAGAUAUAUUUUCUUCUUGUCAGAAUAAAGAUAAAAAACAUGGAGCUUGAGAUCCGUCGUCGGGAAUCAACAGGAUCAGGCUCUAACACAUAUGUUGAAACUGAGACCCUUGCUAAGUUUGAGUUGAUGGAUGGUGCUCCUGUCAGAGGUGAAUCUAUUCCAGUGAGGCUGUUCUUGACACCUUAUGAGCUGACCCCGACUUACCGCAACAUAAACAACAAAUUCAGCGUCAAGUAUUACCUGAAUCUGGUCCUCGUGGAUGAGGAAGAUCGGAGGUACUUCAAGCAGCAAGAGAUCACAAUGUAUCGUCUUCUAGAAUCUCCCCCGGCUUCCUAGAUUCCGACCUGGGGCAGCAUGAUGUUCACCUUUCAGGUUUUGUACAAGUGAGCACUGAGGUUAGAGCGAUGUUGCGUUUACCUGUAUAUAACUCCAGAAGAGCACAGCAGUUGACUACUGCUACGGCCAUGCACGCUGCACUGUUGUGUUGUCCAUGUUCCUUUUUUAGUCCUUACCUUGCUUAUGACAACCAUGAUUAGCCUGCGGUAAAUUUCUCGUUCUUGCGAAGCAUCUGCAAAAAUUAUGUUUGCUGAUAUUUUUUUCUGCCGGAUAUUAAUUCAUUUUAGUCUGACAGUGAUGUAAUAUGAUUCCCUAAGUUAAACAAUGUAGAUUUUACUUGGAGCAUCUUGUUAGAUGGCAGAUGAUUCGUGUUUCUGUGUUU